AUCGAGAAAAUUCGAUUAGCUCAGUACGUCACUUACUUAUCCAAGCAGUUGCUCCAUCGACAUGUCUGUGCCCCCAACGAGCGCCGCGAAUAUGAACGUGGGCUGGGACCCGUCUCCUCUAUCUUCCUCCACUGGUGGCGAAUUUGACGCCAACUCGAUGAUUGAGCGCACGCAGGAGGUGAAGGUGGACGUGAACGACUACUCGCGGUUCAAGGACAUCGGCAAGGAUCUGGUGGACGAGGACAAGAAACAAGAUACAGAACCCACUGCAGUGGCGUCCGAGUCCAAGUGCCGCAAUUGCAGCAAACCUGGUGCUAAGCUCAAGUGCAGCGUGUGUAAGAAGGCUGUUUAUUGUGCGCGCAAGUGCCAGGCGAGCGACUGGCAGUUCCACAAGCGUAUCUGCAAGAAGCCAGAGCCUCCUAAGAAGCCAGAGCCACCACGUCGAUCGCCCACCAAGAACUCCACGAGCUCUGCUUCUACCUCCUCGACGAAAACGACGAGCUCGACGUCUAGCAGCAGCAAGUCGAAGACUUCUAGUGACUCGUCAGUUGUCGUGACGGAUGAACCAGAUCUGCCCGAGGACAUGCGUGGCUACAAGAACGGUCUACCGUAUUUCCACCGCGAAUUGUCCAAGGAGGAGAAGAAUCUGAUUGGAGAUAUCGCACCUCAGAAGAUCGAGAUUAAGCCUGCGGAGGCGAGUCCUGUGCAGCAUGACGGAUCGGCGUGGAAUAAGGCCGGCACGUUUGAAGAGCGUGUAGUGACUAAGUGGGCAGAGGACAAGUGGAAGGAGAUCUUCACGGAUGCAACUUACUCGGAGGGCAACCUGCUGGCGACUUUUAAGGCGCCCGAUAAGAUCACGGGUGACGCUAGUAUUUGUGUGGUGCGAGGCAAGAAGCGAUAUCUGUUCGACUUCAACUUCAAGUUGCCCUUCGAAGUGGCUGUCAGUGGAGGUAGCACCUGCAAGGGCACGUACGAGAUGAACGACAUCUCGAACGACGAGGACUACGAGAUUUCGUGCAGACUGACCAAGAAAUCCACCAGUACCAGCGAGCAAAGCGCCGUGCAGACGUUCGUCGCUAAGAAGAGCAGCGGCCUGCAGAAGGAGCUCGUGCGACUCAUCAGCGUGUUCGCCAACGAGUUCCAGCAGCAAUAGACAGGUGCAAAGAAAGACACCAACUCACAACGUAGGCCCAGAACGAUUUACCAUGCAUAGAAUGAAAAUACUGCAUGCCGUUCGUCUUCUUCAAGUUCAGCAGCCAGUGGAGU